CCUGGGAUCCAUCAGACAGGAAGCAUCUCUCUGCCUGGCUUCAUCGUUUUCUUCAUUAAUUUACCGAUUUACAACUUGGUGUCAGCCCAGUUCACAGUCAUCGGACCAGAUCAACCUGUCACUGCUAUUGUGGGUGAGGACAUUGUGUUACCCUGUCACUUGUCUCCCGCAAUGAGUGCUGAGAACAUGGAGGUGAGAUGGUCCCGGUCCGAUUACUCUUCCUUUGUGCAUCGCUAUCGUGAUGGAAAGGAUCAGACUGAAUAUCAGAUACCAGAAUAUACAGGAAGGACAGAGUUUCUGAAAGACGGCAUCAGAAAUGGAAGUGUUGCCUUGAGGUUACAUAAUAUCAGACCCAUGGAUGAGGGACGAUACACGUGCUAUUUUGAGUCAACUUCCUUUUAUAACGAUGCCCAUAUGGAACUGGAGGUGGCAGCUCUAGGUGCUGCUCCUCUCCUCUCUGUUGAGGGUUAUCAGGAUGGAGGGAUCCGAGUGGUGUGCCGAUCGGCCGGGUGGUUCCCAGAGCCUGAGGUUUUCUGGAGAGGUCUCACUGGACAACAUGUACCGUUGCUGUCUGAAAGAACAUUCCAAGAGGCUAAUGGCCUGUUUGAAACAGAAACUUCUAUAAUCAUAACAGAAACCUCAAACCAGAACAUCUCCUGUUCCAUUAGGAGCACUCUCCUCAAACAAGAAAAGGAAUCAAGAAUUUAUAUAGCAGAACUUUUUUUCCCGAAGAAAUCUGCCUGGAUCGCCAUUCUGUGCACGAUCGUGGUUAUUCAGUUUUUUUUUAUUGGUCUCUUAAUUUAUCACUUGAAAACAAAAGAGAAGAAGGCUGCAGAACGUAGGUGGAGAGACUGCCUUACAGAAGCAGAGAAGGUGACCCUGGAUCCAGACUCAGCAAAUCCCUACCUCAUCUUGUCGAAGGAUCAGAAAAGAGUCAGACUGGAAGGCGUAGACAAGAAGCUGCUCGCCAAUCAUGAGGGAUUUCGUUAUUCUCCCUGUGUGCUGGCCUCUGAGGGAUUCACCUCUGGGAGACAUUACUGGGGGGUGAAAGUUGGGAGCAAAGGAGGCUGGGCUGUGGGGGUGGCCAGAGAGUCUGUGCGGAGGAAGGAAGGAGUAGUGAUCCUUAAGCCUGAGGAGGGGAUCUGGGCUGUAGAGCGACAGUGGUGGGGUGAGUUCUGGGCUCUCACUAGCCCUAUGACACUCCUUUCCCUAAGUAGGAAACCUGAGAAGAUUCGGGUUUCUCUGGACUACGAAGAGGGGCUGGUGGAAUUUUUUGAUGCUGAUAAUGUGAAACCGUUCUACGCUUUCCGCUCGGUCUCUUUUACUGGCGAGAAAAUCUUCCCUUUCUUCCGGGUUGGGGGUGCAGGAGCCCACCUCAGAGUGUAUCUGUGAGAAAGGGUACAUUAUUCCACUUGGACUCAUUCAAAGGUGUUCUCAUCAACUUAGGAUAUCUUUCAUUCAGUUUACAAAGAUCACUCACAGCUCCUCUUUUAACUUUGUACUAAUUCCCUGUAAAUGAAGACAUUUUUGAAAUAAUGGAUGUAUUUUCUGCUCUUCUGUCUACUUUAUUUAUUAUUUCAGCUGCAAUUUUGGGGGAGGAGGGUGGGGUGAGGAAGGGUCUGCUUCCCCAUUAGGGUUGCAGCUGCCCUCUUGACAGUCUGACAAGAGCCUGAGGCCUAGUCUAUGCUACAGAGUUAGGUUGAUGCAAGGUAGCUGACGUCGACCUGACUAGGGAACUACAAUAACUGUCCUGCCACAGCAAUUUAAUAACUCCACUUCCAUGAGAGGUGUAGAGUGAAAGUCGAUGUAGUUCGGUCGAUGCAGUGUCAGUGGAGACACACUGAGUUUACUAGCUUUCAGAAGCCAGCUUACAAUGCCACCCAGUGACGGUACAAUCAAUACAAGCACUCCCAGUGAGGACGCGCACCGCUGAUACAAGAAGCAAAGUGUAGACACGCACAAGCCACGUAAUUACUGCGGCAGCUGUAUGCUGACAGAGUUAGGCCUACUUAAUUUUGUAGUGUAGACAUUCCCUACGAGGAGUUGUGAUCAGUUUCCUUCAGUUUGAUGUUAUGAUUCUUGUGAUUUAUGUAUCAAUAUAAGUGCUAUGAUGGUGCUUUUCUGGGUUCAUGAUUUGAUAAGUUCCCGCAGUCGUCCAUUCUGUCUAAUUCAUAAAAGACCAAUGCCCAAAAGCCCCGGCAGUGAUAGGACCACAUUAUGUUGUGCACUGUUCAAACCCAGAAAAGACACCAUCUUUCCCCUGAAAGAGUUAUGUGAGAGCUGUCUGGAAAAUGUUCCUCUCUGCUUUUCCGCCCCCACCCCCCGCCAAAAAAAAAAAA